AUGUAUCGGUCUCGCGAGCGGUUGAAUGUGUUAAAAUCAAUUAGCAUAGUCUAUGUUCAGCUGCAGCUUCUGCUAUUGUGCGGCGGGACCUUCGUGAAUGAGACGUUUGUGUUUGGGCCGGAGAAGCUGCAGGCCUUCAAGAUCUUGGAUGAGCAGCAGCCCGCUGGCCAGAUCUCGGGUCGCAGCUUCAUCUGUGUUCCAUUGUUUCGGGUCUUUAGCCUGGAGUUGGGUCACAAUAUCCACUUGGCCGCCGAUGAGUAUCUGGCUGUGAGCGGUGAUCAUCCCGCUCUGGGUUCCUGGCAGUUGGACAAGGCCAUUCCACUCAAGGAGCAGGAUAAGGCUCGGUCCAAGUGGUACCUGCGGUUGUGGAUAUGCGCCAGUCAGAGAUUCUAUUACCGGUACUUGGUCUACUCUAAAAAUGCCCAGGGAAGUAUUUUAAGGAGCUGGGAGGGUCAGAAGGUGGCCCGGAUGCUGCAGACCUACGAGAUGUAUCGCUCUCCUGGUGUGGACAUUUACGGCGAGGCCUAUCCCACGUCGGUUGGUGGUGGCUUUCACCUGGAACGCGGUUGGCUCCAGCACGAGUACGUCAUCGAGCUGAAGUUCGUGUGGCAGGAUCAUUUGUGAUAUCUGGCUUCAUCUAGUGCCAAGUAUCGACUGACUUUGACGCCUCUCAAUGUGAUGGACGACACCCGCAUAGAGGUCUCCAGAUACGCCUACAAUCACUCAUCAUUUCGAGUUCAAAGCCAACCGGGAGUGAGAUACAUUCCCGGUUCCAUUGUGAUCUUUCGCAUAUACCAAUCGUUGGACACCUACAAUGCCUUUCGCCUGAAUAUAUAUCAAGGGACCAGGGAUGUCAAGUUGUCCGUGGGUGAGGCCUACAUAUUUCCCGAGCAGAUUAAGGGCAGUCGUGGCAUUCUCCAACUCCCCAUCUUUGCAAGCCUACAGAACGUGGCCAUAGGGGAAGUUACCCUGCCCUAUUUGGUGAUCCAACCCAUGCCCAAAGUGGAGGCAGGAAAUCUACGAACGAGUUUCCAUCACUACUGGCCGGAUAAUUGGCCCACACUGGACAUUGGCUAUCGGGGACUAGGAGCUAGUUACUUCCAAUCAUCAACCAGUCUCACGGAGAACACAAUCGAAAGUUUCCUGGCAGUGGAGCAGGCCAAGGGCGACAUGGUUCAGCUGGAUGUGCAGCUGACCAAGGAUUAUGUGCCAAUUGUGUGGCAUGGUUUUGGAUUCUACACCUCAGAGAGGGAUCGAGUUAUAAGAGAUCGCUUUGAUCUGCGAUUUGUGCUUAUAAGGGAACUCACCUACUCAGAACUCAAGGCGAGUCGAGUAUUCAUACUGAAACGCUGGACCGUCAAGGAGUACACUCACCUCAAUGUAAGGGAUCGGAGUCAGGCCCAAAGGAUAUUCCCAAAACUCUCAGAGGUCUAUGAGGAUCUGCCGAAAAUGGGACUCCUAGUGGAGAUCAAGUGGCCACAGCUAAUGGCCUCGGGAGUGCUAGAGUCCACUCAGAGUCUGAAUAAAAACAACUAUGUGGACAAGAUUAUACAGACAACGAUUCAUUAUGGAUGUGGACGUCCCCUAAUCUUUGCCAGCUUCGAUGCGGAUAUAUGCACUAUGCUUCGGCUCAAGCAGCACGUCUUUCCCGUGAUCCUGAUGAGCACAGGCAAAUCAAAUAUCUGGGAUCCAUAUAUGGAUCUAAGGACACAGAGCUACCAGCAGGCCGUGAAUUUUGCCCAGUCUACCGAGAUCCUCGGUACAGCCCUGCAUGUGGAGAACUUUCAAAACAAACAUAAAUUGGUAGAACUGGGAUUGGACCUGCAACAAGUGCUCUUCUUGUGGGGCAACGAUCUCCAGGGUCAUCUUCUUGAGCAAUUUCGAGCUCUGGAUGUUACCGGGCUCAUCUACGAUCACAUGGAUCGAGUGGGUCCAUCCGCCUGGAAGAGAUCCGCCUUCUUUCGGGCUCCCCAGCUGAUGGAAUUGUUUGGAGCACAGUGCGUGGCAAGUGGAAACUCAACCACAAUUCCAGGCGUGAAGCCUGCAAAGCCAACAAUAUGGCCAAAGUUGAGAUAGUGUAAUAUAAAUUAAUAAUAUAUAAUGAAUA